UGGCACCAUAUUAGUCCAUGGGCUUCCAUCUUGCCACUUUCCAAAUCUGUUGAACCUCAAUAAGCCAGCCAAUCAGAGGCCAACAUUAAUCAGGCCAUUAUCAUUUCUUGGCGAUCGGCCGAUCUUCCGCGCAUUUCCAGGCCAGCUUGUCCACUUCGCAGACCCUGACAUGAUUCUGUUGUUUUUUCUGUUAUCUUGUUAAGAUUGUUUCUUUUUCCUUUUAAAUCAUCACGGCGCAGACCCCACGACUUACUUCCACCGAACAGACCCUUCCGUUAAAUUUCUGGCCUUCGCGCCGCUUGCAUAUACAACAACCGGCGACUCUGCACGCUUGAUCUACAUAUACCACAAGUCGGAGACCAAGAUGCGGUCUGCAGCGGGGCUGCUCUAUGCAGCAGUGUUCGCACUUGCUGGCUUGAGCCAUGCCAGCGUUCAUAAUCCUUCACUGGACCCAACCAAGUGUGCUCUUGAACAUUCAACCAUGGUAUCGGAUGCAUGUGUCUCAUAUGGCGAGAUCAACGGCAUGAACGACCUAAUUUUCACCACAGUCAACUCCCUCACACAAGAAACGGACUUCUUCUCCUACUACCGUCUCAACCUGUUCAAUAAAGAGUGUCCGUUCUGGAACGAUGCUAAUAGCAUGUGCGGCAACAUCGCCUGUGCCGUGAACACCAUUGACUCAGAGGAGGAUAUUCCGGUGACAUGGCGGGCGGAAGAACUCAGCAAACUAGAAGGCCCGAAGGCAAACCACCCAUCCCGCAAUAUCCAAGCCGAGCGUCCGAAAGAACGCCCACUUCAGGGUGAGCUGGGUGACGACGUUGGCGAGAGCUGUGUGGUGGAAUACGAUGACGAAUGUGACGAACGAGACUACUGUGUCCCCGAGGACGAGGGUUCCGCCGGAAAGGGAGACUAUGUCAGCUUGGUAGAUAACCCGGAGCGGUUUACGGGAUACUCUGGACCAGGGGCAAACCAAGUGUGGAAUGCCAUCUACAGCGAAAACUGCUUCUUGAAGCCCGUGGCUGAUGAGCUGGAGGAGCAGUCGGUGAACGUCCCGCUGGGUGGCCUCCAGGCAGCCUCUGACUUCCGCAACGUGCUCCACAAGGAGUCGCAGCGAGUUGAAGGCCUGCCUCUGGAUAACGAGUGCUUAGAGAAGCGGGUCUUCCACCGGCUCCUGAGCGGCAUGCAUGCUUCCAUCUCCACACAUCUGUGCUGGGACUACCUCAACCAAACCACAGGCCAGUGGCACCCUAACGUGCAAUGCUUCAAGGAACGACUCCUCGACCACCCGGAGCGCAUCUCAAACAUGUACUUCAACUACGCGCUAGUAUCGCGCGCCGUGGCAAAACUUCGCAAGCACCUGGACGGGUACACAUACUGCUCCAGCGACCCAGCGCAAGACCGCGAGACCAAAAGGCGCGUCAACAAGCUAACAUCUACCUUAACGGAACUCCCUCAAAUCUUCGACGAGAAUAUCAUGUUCCAAGACCCCUACGCCCUCGGCCUGAAAGAGGACUUCCGCAACCGCUUCCGCAACGUCAGUCGCCUGAUGGACUGCGUCGGCUGCGACAAGUGCCGCCUCUGGGGCAAGCUCCAAGUAAACGGGUACGGGACCGCGCUCAAGGUGCUGUUCGACUACGACGAAACCAAGAACGGCGAGAACCCGCCCCUACGCCGCACCGAGCUAGUCGCCCUCAUCAAUACCCUCGGCCGCAUCUCGCACAGUAUCGCUGCUUCGCGCAGUAUGCAGCGAGCCCUGUUGACCGACACCACUCACAUGUUCCCCGUCCACGGCGCUGUUCCCUCCUCUCACCAUGCCAACGCCCUCGGCACCAACAGGCGCGUGUUCAGGGAUGGAAAUAACAACUUCUACUUCGAAGGCGAAGGAAACGACGACGAGUAUGUCUACGGCCGAGGCGAGGCGCCAGAGCGGUACCCCUGGGAGCGCAAACCGCCUAACCCGGACGAUGGCUUCUGGGAGGAUUUGAAGUCCGAGUGGGAUAUGGUCUGGGGUACGGUUGGGUAUAUCUGGCAGUCUUGGAUGGACCUCCCACAUACAAUUUUCCAAAUCGGCGCGUCGGAAUUAGUCCGAUUGUACAAUUUCUGGCUCGGAUUGCCGGUGCCUCCGCGCAUGUGGAAGUUGAAGACGCCCCAGCCGCGUCCGCAUACUCAACCUGCUGCCUAUGCUAAUCGUGACGAGUUAUGAGUUCCCUGUAUUUCAUCUUUGCAUUGGCAUCUGUACAUAUAUGGCUCUGCUAUGGCGUUGAUAGACUUUGUCUGGACUGGUUUCGUUUUUUCGGAGUAUUUUGGUGAAUCUAUAUUCCUUCAUGAUUCUUUA